GUGGUUGGUGCUAAACGGCGUGUGAUGAAGUCAUGAAGAUGACAGCUCCUCUUCCCCAAAGCAUGGAUAUUGCACAUUGAACAAGAAGGCAAGGAGAAGCCAAUAUGGAGAAGGGAAGAGAUGAUCGGUGAAGUAGAGAAGAAAAGAAAAUGGUUGAUGCGGCUCCCGAGAAGAAAGAAGGGUGAGUGCAAAUAUAUAUAGCUAGGUAUAAGGAAUCAAUCCUAUUAAUUUAGUAACAUGUCCAAUCGAUAAUAGUUGAGUCGAAUCUAUACUAUUAUUUGCGAAGGUAAAUUUUUGCAAGUGAGCUCUCACGUUGAAAGUUAGAGCGGUUAAUAUCUAUAAUACCCUUAAUGAAUAAUUUAUAUAUAUACUAUUUAUUAUAUAAUUAAUAUAUUUAGACAAAAUUUUCUAUAUAUUUAAAAUAGUUCGUAUAUGAAGAUUUCAAGAAUGAGGUAUAUCUCCUUUUGAUUAUAUGAUUUGGUUGAUCUAGACAUACGUUUUGUUACUAUCUUUAUUUUUUAUUAUUAUCCUUAUUAUCAUUGGAUUUAUCUUUCUAAAUAAAACAAACUAUUUAGCCAAAGCUGUGUAUAUAUACGUAAGUUAAUCCCCACGUCCUUAAAAGCUUCAAAAGCAAACUUCUAAUAUCUAAUAGCGUUUUUUACUCAGUGCAAAACAUGUACCAUCUACGAAAGAAGCCUGCUACUUUAGUCUUUAUUGAUGAUAUUAAACCAUGGAACAAUAGUUACAAAUUAAAGGUGCAGGUUAUGAAAUUGUGGAAGCUAUGGAGAUCAAAAAAAAUUGUCUCCAUUGAGAUGGUUCUUGAAGAUGCAACUGGAACAAGGAUACAUGCAUCCAUUGAUGAGGAUUUGAUACAAAUAUAUGAAGGAAAGGUGUCUGAGGGUGUUGCUUUUUUUAUAAGCAAUUUUACACUUGUGAAUUAUGCAACAGAGUAUAGGACAAAUCCUUUUCCGUACAAGUUGCCGUUUUAUCGAACGACAAACAUUACUCCUUGUGAUGAUUUUCCUUCUUGCUUGCCAAACAAGUAUCUGAAGAAUUUUUCAGAGAUUCAUUAUGGGAUCCUCAAGAAUGAUGUUUUGAUUGAUGUUGUUGGUCAGAUUGUUCAAGUUUGUGCUCUCACUGAAAUUUAUGCUAAAGGGAAACAAACUAACAAACUCAAUGUUAUUCUUCGGGAUGAAAAGUAAGUGCCUUGAAUUCAUAUUUCCAUUUUUAUUAAUGUCUUCAUUCUAUUAAUUUGAUUUGGUCCGUUUGUCUCUUUUACAGUGCUUCAAAUUUGACUUGCACUCUUUGGGGUGAUUAUGGGAAACAGGUUAUACACUAUGUUGAAGAAAAUAACAACUCAAUUGUUGUUUGUGUUGUGCGUUUCACAUGUGUUACCGAGUACAAAGGUAUCUUUUAAUAUGUUUCCCCCAAUAAUUAUUCUCCUAAAAUACUUACUCCGACCUAUACAAUUAUUUUGCUAUACUUUGUAAAUUUUUUUUUUUUCUGAUUAAAGGAGUUCAUUGUAUUUCGAAUGUGUUUAAUGCAACACAGUUGAUAUUCGAUCCUCCUGGUCCUCAUUUUGAUGAUUUUCGAUCAAAGUAAGUUUAUACACAAAUAUAUAUAUAUA